ACACGCGCACCCAUUGCCAACAUGAAGGCGGAUAGGGGACCCUCUGCCAUUGGAAUACAAGAAUAAAACUUGUAAUUUCAAGAGGUAGCGAAUCCCCAAGCCUACGAAAAUAGAUGCGACACCGAAUAAAUAUUUUGGCCCUGCAGAAUGUCCAAGAUCAGGCGGAAGGUAACAGUGGAGAAUUCUAAAACCAUAUCUGACAGCAACAACAGCAGCCAGACCGCCACCCCCUCUCGCCGGCCUAGCGUGUUCGAAAGACUCGGCCCCAGCACUGGUAGUAAUGCUGUCGAGGUGUGUACCUCUACACCUGCAUCUAACCCCCUGACAGAUACAACACAUGCAUGUCCCGAGAAGACUCAUUGUAGAAAUUGGUUAAAGACUGGGAACUGCAGUUACGGCAACACUUGUCGCUACACACAUGGAACUCAGCCACGAGGCAAAGGAUUCAGUGGAUCUUUUAGCAGGUCAGCGGAGAGACCGACCGGCGAUCUGCGGGAGAGGAUGAAGAAUAAGAGACAGGAUGUUGAUUCAGAUGCUGCAAAGAGAGAUCCAGAAGAGACUACGUCCCCUACAACCAGACAGCGAGACCCUUCCCGUGGACGCCACAGGGAGAAGGAAGACAUAAAAAUCACUAAAGAGAGAACACCUGCCAGCGAAGAAGAGCCCGCCGACUGGGAAGCCAACCGUGAAGACUCUGACAACGGUGACUACGACUACGAAUUAUCCCUAGAGAUGAAGAGACAGAAGAUACAGCGAGAGCUCAUGAAGCUGGAGCAAGAGAACAUGGACAAGAGAGAGGACAUUGUUAUCAAAAAGGAGGAACCAACAAGCAAAACUAGGAACAGUAGCAUAUCCAAGACUUCCCCGGAGCGUUCCAGCUCUAAAGGCUCUCCGUCUUCCCGGAAGUCCGCUGGAUCUCCUAAACACACCAAAGGAGCUAAAGCUUCCGGCUCUGGGAAGAAGGAGAAGAAGACUUCUGUGUCGUCCCCUGCGUCCGACACUGUUCUGGCCCCGGCCAGAUCUUCCAAGGGGGGCCACGGGAAAAAAAAAGGGCCCCGGACCCCUAGCCCCCCCCCUCCUCUUCCUCCCCUGGAGAACACUGUAGUGGUAUCGGGAGGUAAGAAGCACAAAGCCAAGCACAAGAACAAGGAGAAGUCGGUUGAGAAGCCGUCUAAGGAGGGCAAGGAGCGGGGAAGAGAUACGGAGAAACACAAGGAGAAGAAGGAGAAACGCAGGGACCGGUCAGACAGCUCCCACAAGGCCAAGCGGUCAGUGACCUCUCAGGACCGUUUUGGCAGCAUCUCCUCCCCUUCCAGAGACCGAGAGAUGUCCCCCUUGGGCCGGAAGAACAAGUCCCUCUCCCCCAAAGCGGUGUCCCAGAAAACCCCCAUGGCUGCCUCUCCCCGACACAGGUCUCCCACCCCUCCUCCGCGCCACCAGCGUACCCCCACCCCCCCCCGGCACCACUCCCCCUCCUCCCACUCGGGCUCUUCUGCCCAGAGACACUCCCCUUCCCCCCGCCGGCGCCGCUCCGCAUCACCUGCCUACGCCAACCGCGAGCCCCCGUGUGCCUCCCCCCCUCCUAGCCAGAGGCGCUCCUCCCGCUCCCCGGGGGCCUCGCGGGUCACCUCCUCGCCUCCGAGGACAAGGAGCCCCGGUGGGCGGAACCACUCUCAGGGCCGCGAGAGGGGACGUAGCGAGAGGGAGAGGAGCCCGCUGGCCCAGGAGCGCCGUCACGAGCGCAGAGACGAGAGCCGCAGCAAGCGAGAGAAGGACGGCUGCCGCGAUGACCGGGACUAUGACGCUCUGGAAACGAGCUCGUCGCGUGAGGACCGAGAGCCUCGAGAGGGGCGGGAGCGCCGGAGCGACGCCCGCAGCGACCGACGAGGAGACAUCGCCGGUAUCUCCAGGGACGCUCCCCGGGACAGGGACCGAGACGCCGUCCGGGACACCAAGGACUCCGGCCGGGAACCCAGAGCUACGGAGACGGCGGCCGCACGCUCCGGCCGGGACUCUCUGGAGUACCGGGACAGAGAGAGGGAGAGAGACAAGGAGCGGGAGAGAGGAGAGAGGGAGAAGACUGACCGGGACAGGAAGGAGGAGGCUGUCUCAGAAGAGGGAAGGAGCUAUGGGAGGGGCCAUGGGAAAGAGGAAGGGGGCAGGACUGAUGGAAGAGGGGAGGUACGUGGCGAGGCAAGGACAGAAAGCCGAGCAGAAAGACCUGGUCGGGGGCGGGGCCGCGGAACUGAUGGAUCUGACAAAGGUUCCUCCGCAUCCACCCGGAACUCUCGAGGCUCCCAGUUGGAGAGCACACACGACAGUUGGGAAUCGCGAAGCAGCGGCUUUCGCGAGAGGAGCUCCGAGAGGGCGGCCGAACGCGUGGCUGAGCGAGGACCUGCGGAGAGAGACCGGUAUGACGGAGAAAGGAGAGGUGGGGAGCCGGCCACUGGGAGAGACUCGUCUUAUGACCGUAGAGGUGGUCACACCGACCGCAGAGAAAACCGGGAGAGAGAUCAAAGAGCGCCCUCUCCUGGUCGUCAUCCGGCCAGAGGAGAAGAUCCGGAGAGGGAAGAGACCAGGGGGAGGGAAGAACGCAGGGGAGAAGAGAGAGGAGGGGACAGGAGAGAGGACAGGAACCGAGAGAGGGAAAGGGAGAGGGAAAGAGAGAAGGAGCGGGAGAGGGAAAGGGAGAAGGAAAAGGAGAGGGAGAAGGAGAGGGAGGCUGAACGGGAAAGGGUCCGGGAGAGAGAGAGGGAGCGGGAACGGGAGAGGGAAAGGGAGAGGGAAAAGGAGAGAGAACGGGAACGGGAGAGGGGGGAACGGGAGAGGGAGGAGAGGGAGAGAGAGAGGGAGGAGAGGGAGAGAGAGAGGAAGGAGCGGGAGAGAGAACGAGAGAGGGAGAGGGAGCGAGAGAGGGAGCAAAGAGAGAGAGAGAGGCAGCGGGAAUGGGAGGAGCGAGAGAAAGGACGGGAAGAACGGCGUGAACGGACGAGGGACGAGCCAAGGGAUGAGCGCUCCAUUAGAGAUGCUCACGAAGACCGCAAGACCAGCCGAAAGAGGCAUCGCGUGGAGAGCACCCCCAGUCCGACGCGGCCCUCCCCGAAACGAGUUCGUGACACCACCCCUGCAGACAGCGAUGGCUACAACAGCUUGGAGGAGAAAAGUGGUGAGAAACACCGGUUGCUGAGUCAGGUGGUGCGUCCGUCCCAGGACCCUCUCCUCCGUUCCCCUCCCAGCGCCCCUGUGGCGGAGGACGCCAAGCCCAGCCGCUGGAAGGACGAGGACCGCCGCGGUGGGGACAAGAGGGAGGGGCGGAGCCGACGAGACGAGGAUGCCGACUCCCGCGGAGACCGUGGAGGAGUAGCCAGAGGGGAGAGGCGAGGCGAGAACCCAUCAGAUAGCAGCACUUCUGGCUCAGACUCCAGGAGAGGCAAGGAGCGGGACGUCCGGGAGCCCAGCCCGCCCCCUCCGCCUGUGGCACUGGUCCUUGAGGAGAGGGAAAGGGAACCCCCACCCCUGUUGGGUCAUGAGGAGGUCAAGAAGAAGACCAAGUCCCAGAAGAAAGUCCAGAAGAAGGGCAGGAAGGAGGAAGAGGUGGGAGGAGGUGCCUCUGGAGCUCCAGAGAGGUUUACAAAUCCAGAGCCCCCCUCCUCGUCCCCCCCCCCACCCCCUCUCCUCUCUCCCCGCAAGGCGACCAAAAAGAAGACGCUCGACAAGAAGAGGAAGCGCUCCCGGGGCGGGGACUCGGACGCGUCGGAGGAGGAACUGGCCUCCUCCCGUCUUCCCCCCGGCAAGAGGAACAAGAGGGGACCCCGGACGCCGCCGCCAACGUCCAAGGAAGACCUGCCGUCCCAGAGGGCCGUGCCACAUCCCACCACCGAGCCCCUGCCACAGCCAGUCAAAAUGGACGCCAACUUCAGCGACUGGUCUGAUGAGGACGUGCUGGAGCGCGGCGGUGAAUUGGCAGCUGUCACGGCACCGCCUAUGGUUUCUGCUGAGAGGAUCUCCACUGAAGUUCUCCUCAGGCGAGGAGGUCCGAGGGGAGGCAAGGAGAGGGACAGGGUCGUACCCCCACCCAUAGCCCCCCUGCUCUCCCAGACCCCCCCGAUGCUUCUCCAGACUCCCCAGCCCCUCAUGUCCCAGACCCUUCUGAGGAAGCCUCUGGAGCAGAAAAGGAGCAGCAGUAUAGGCAGCAACCAAAGCCGGGCGUCCUCCAGACGUCUCCGCUCGCCCUCCAACGAGUCAUCCCACAGAGACGACCCUCAGCCUGGCCAGGGACCAGGCCGAUCCAGAAGAGGACGCCAGCUCCAGGGUGGCAACUCCCGAGACCGGGAACGAGAGCGGGAGAGAGAAAGGGAGAGGGAGCGUGCUGAGCGAGAGAGGGGGUCGGCAGUGACUGAACUGCCAGUGGCCAGGGGAGAAGAGAGGAAGUCUCGCAUUGACCAGCUGAGGAGAGGAGAGCCCAGUCGAAGCACCUCCUCAGACCGCCAGGACUCACGUAGCCACAGCUCCAGGCGAAGCUCCCCCGAGUCAGAGCGCCAGGUUCACUCCCGGGCCGGCUCGUACGACAGCCGGGAGAGGGAGCGUGAGAGGGAACGGGAGCGAGAACAGUUUGAAAGGGAGCGCGAGCGUAAGGAUCUCCGUCAGCAACAACCGGGAACUUUGGGGCCUCUACUCCCCCAACAGGGACAGCUGAGAGACUGGGAUCCCGAGGGGCCGCGGGAGUGGGGUGGAAGGGGCCGCGAGCCCCUCAUGCGAGGUGGGAACCGAGAGCAAAUGAGGGAGCGCGACCUUCGCGACAUGCGGGGCGAGAGGGAGCGGCUUUUGCCCGAGAGCCUCCUGCAGCAGCACGAGCGCGAGAGGGACCGCGAGCAAUUCGGUGGAGGCAACCGGGGUGGCGACCACGGCAACGACCGAGAGCGGGAGAGGAUGCUUCUGAUGGACCUCCCGCCACACGGGGAUCCCAAAAACAGACCCGAUUUGAGGGGGGACAUGAGGGGGGACAUCCGAGGUGAUGGGAGGGGGGACUUGCGGAGCGAAAUGAGGGGGGAGAGACCAGACUUGAGAGGGGACUUGCGACCCGAUAUGAGGGGGGAGAGACCAGACUUGAGAGGGGACUUGCGACCCGAUAUGAGGGGGGAGAGACCAGACUUGAGAGGGGACCUGCGACCCGAUAUGAGGGGGGAGAGACCAGAUUUGAGAGGGGACUUGCGACCCGAUAUGAGGGGGGAGAGACCAGAUUUGAGAGGGGACUUGCGACCUGAUAUGAGGGGGGAGAGACCAGACUUGAGAGGGGACUUGCGACCCGAUAUGAGGGGGGAGAGACCAGACUUGAGAGGGGACUUGCGACCCGAUAUGAGGGGGGACAUCCGAGGUGAAAUGAGAGGGGAUAUGCGGCCAGACUUGAGAGGGGACUUGAGACCCGAUAUGAGAGACAACCGCGCCGAUUUAAGAGGCGGGCCAGAUAUGAGACUGGACUUGAGACCUGAUCAUAUGAGGCAAGAUAUGAUGAGGGGUCUUCAGGACAGGGGUCUUCCGGACAGGGCUGAGUACUCUCCCCUGCUCCCCAGAGAAGCCUUUGGACACGGCGCCUUGGAGCUGGACAAACCUGGCAACAGCCAUCACCCUCUGCUAGCAGAGCCACGAGAACCAGAGAAACAGGACAGCAUUGAGGACGAGGAUGAUGCCAAGGCGGACGAUGCCGGCUCAAUGGUGUCUGGCGGUGAGGAGUAUGAGCCGAUCAGUGACGACGAGCUGGAUGAAAUCCUGGCGGACAGCGCCCAGAAGAAAGAGGACGGACAGGACGAGGAGAAGGCCCCAGGACCCCUGGACGUCAUUGAUGUGGACUGGUCCAGCCUGAUGCCCAAGCAGAAGCAGGAGCCCCGCGCAGCAGGGGCAGCUCUUCUCAGGUUCACCCCCGGGGCGGUGUUGCUCAGGGCGGGCGUCUCCAAGCGUCUGGCCGGGCCAGAGCUCAUGGAGAAGGUCAAGGAAGUCUGCAAGAAGGAACUGGAUGACCCUAAAGAUGCUGACAAGCUGUUUGAGCAUGACCUGGGAGCACUGAACAUGGCAGCCCUGAACAGAAAGGUGGAGAGGGCUGGCCUGCUGAGGAACCUGGGCCCCUGCUGCAAAGCCCUCUGUGCCCGCAGGGACAUGGCCAUCCGCAGGCAGCUGCUCAAGAAUGAAAAGGGCCUGACCAAGCAGAUGUACCCCAGUGUCCCUCUAGUGGACAGCGAACUCCUCCAGCUCAGCGUGCGUCUCUUCAAGAAGACUGUAGCCGCGGCCAGCAGCAACCAGCCCGCAGGGCCUGACAAGGCCGACACCGUACCAGUGGUCAGACCUGGUACACCACAGCCCACCGAGGUGUGUGUUUCCUGAGAGCAAGAGAAGGGGCUUAUGGGUAAAACCGAAACGAUGCAUGAUGAAACUGAUCUCUGAUCAGGAAUUUUAAUCGGGUUUGAAAACUAAGCCCCUCCCCCUAACUCUAAGCCCCCCGAUUCUCUGCUUUAGACUUUUUAAUCAGUGGAAGAAAUCAAACAAAUUGCUGAAACUUUGUCAAAGUCAGCAGUCCUGUCCUUUUAGAAGAUUUAUAUGAUUGAUCGACAAGUACUGCACAGCUUCUCCCAAAGAGACUACUGGAGACGCUAGCCAAUGGGGAUUGAUAGAAGCCUUGUCUGUACAUUGAACUGUUAAUGAAUAUUUUGCAGUAAAGACAUACAUACACUGCAUUACCCUGAAUGACACAUUGUUCAUUUUCUUUUUUUGUGAUUGGAUAUUUUAGUCAAGCAGUGUUUUUUUGUGGAGUCUUUUUAAAUGUCAAGGUGACAAUUCUCCCUUUAUAAUGUUGUUUCUUUUGUUUCUUGUGUUGUGCAUUGGUUUCUAAGACUGUGCAUUAAACUGGUUAGUUGUUUCAUUUGUAGUGGCUCCAAUCCUUGGUUGGUGUGGUUAAAUCAUAGUGUCAUAUCUGGCUUGGCACCAUUUGUUCGCCGGACAUUAGUGGCACAAAUGGCAACCUAUGCUCUGUGUAGUCCACUUCAUUUGACCAUGGUCCAUAGGGCAUUGUUGGCCAAAUGUUUUAAAGUCUUUGAGUGACUUCUAUGAAUGUUACUGUGGUUGUAGUACCUCAUCAUGGCAUGAAUACAUUUUGCUGUACUUCAAAUGAGCUCAGGAUUAAAGGGAUAGUUGAAGGUUUACCCAUCAUCUACUUCCUCGGUCAGCUGACCUUGUGGAUUCUUUAUGUACAGUGUCAAUGUCCAGCAUGGUGGGCAUCCGAGGUGGUUUUGUUAAUUCAUGCUAAUUAGUGGUUAGCACAAUGUCUGGAAGUGUGUAGAAAUUGCCGGCAUUUUUAGUUGUUCCCAAAGAACAACUAAAAAUAGCUACUUAGCUAUUGCAAAGUCUUCUAAUUGCAAUUUCGUUCUAACUGCAUGCCGAGACAAAACAUUUCAGUCUGGUUACCAUAAAGGGCCUCAUCGCCAAAUCUGAAAAUAUUUGUUCAAAGUCACCUAAUACCCUGAACAACACUUCAUGGUCGGAUCCAGAUGGUGACUUCUUCCUGUUGGUUUGGAUAUGCAAGUUAUGCAAGUGUUUUUUGUUUUAGUUUGUGAAACGUUUUGAAUAUGACCCAGCCAAGACACUUGACGAAAUGCUGGCUGGGGGAAAUGUGGUCAUGUGUUGUUUUUGCAGGAUGAAAGAUGAACCGGAUAAACUGGUGGAAAGGCUACCAGUAACAGCGUGACGUCAUUCGAGUUAAUAUUACACUGUAUAACUUCAGUAAACUUGUGAUGUACACAGGAAACUUUUGUCAAAGGCUGUACAUUAUAUACACAGUACUGUCCAGAAGUCUUAAGCCACCUGAGAACAUUGUUCAAAGCCAUUUAUUGGAGCGGUUAGAAAAAAUAAAAUAACACAAUCUAUAGUAAACACAAAGAAACAUUAACAAAAAGUUAUAAAUGUUUUUAAGUCAGUGUUUUUUUUUGUGGCCUUUUGAUAGUAGAUGGUCAUGUGAAUAUUUAAGUAGUUCUGCUGUAAAUUCAUCUGAGCUUCUAGCAGGCUUUGCCAAACCUCUUUCUGCAUUUUGAUUGCUUGUCCAAGAAAUCCAACACAGCUUCAGUUGUUGUUGGAUCUGAGUUGGCUGGUCUGAUACUGUUCAUAUGGUACCACCACGCACCACUUCUUGUUACUUUAAUUGUGUUAAUGUUUAUUUGUAUUCAUACUAUUGUAGUGUUUUUCCUCAAGCAAAUAAAGUUAUUGCCCAGUUUACUAGCUUCACACAAUUUCCUCAGGUGGCCUAAAACUUUCACCAUGUACUAUAUGUUUU